AGAGGGCAUGCUGCAAGCCCAGACACUGGAUCCAAAUACAGCUGUCCUAGUGCAGAGAGCAACAGAAGGAUUAAUUGACAGUGUAGAGCAGACAGGCCCUAAUUCUAUCCUCGACUGGGAGGUGGACGAAUUACUUGAGUGGACAAAUGCACUGAACUUUGAAAAAUAUUUGAAUGACUGGACGGAAAUUGCUUGUAGCAGUUCUUCUGCAAAACUUCCAGGCUCAAGCUGCUACUUUGCAGAGAAUGAUCUUUACAAACAAGUUAGAUCAUGUGUAAUGAAUACCUAUGCAGCUAUGCAGGAUGCUGCUGAAUACACUAUUUGACGAAGAAUGAAUAAAUUGAACAAUUAUCAAAAAAUUUAUAUACCAUUAGAUUAAAAAAUGGUGAAAAAGUAGAUAUUGCCUUGGCUGAAAAUUGAUAUACAGGUGUGACGCUGAAGAUUUGUGUGUUUUGGUCUCAUGUAAUUUGUUCAUGUUUAAUUUUUUUUCAACAGUAGUAGUA